ACACGCCCUCUGCCGCCAGAGUUUUUUUUUUGCCUUUGGGUACCUAGUUGUUGGUAAUUUUUUCAUGCCCUCUGAUAUUUUCCUUGCGCUUACCUUUUUGUGAGCUUCUUCGUAAUAUUAGAAAUUUGUACAGUUGUCGCAAAUAUCUGGAUGCUGGUGCUGGUGAUAUGUGAGCAAAGCACAUUCAAUAGGUACCUACCUCAGUUUACCUAGGUCCAAGGUCGGCCAAAGCUCUCAUCCAGAUCUUCGAGCUCAGCUUCCCUCGGCAGCACCGCACACCACACACUCAACGACUCACACCCUCCUCUUGCCUCUCUCUGGUCGUUACCUUCUUCGCUAUUGCGUUGUUGCUCUUAUUACUCACUCACACGCUUUACCCAAAAGGCGUCUUUGCCUCCCACCUUCUUCCGUCUCUUCUUUUUUUUUUUCGACCUCCCAAGCUCCUGUCAUCUUUACUUACCUGCACCUACCUACCUCUACUUUCUUCCUCCCACUCACCCUCCUUCCCUCCAUCAUCCUUCUUUGCAACCCACCUUUUCUCCAAAGAAGCGACCUUCUCGAUCGAAUAUUUCUGUUCGCGCCUUAUCCAACUUAGACUCUUCAACAUACGGUUAUCGAUAUUCUUAAACAGAGAUUGGAUUCAUCGCUCUCUCAGUAACUGCCUCCAUCACCACCUCAAUCGACGCCCCAAUCGUGUACGCAACCACUGUCGCAUAAUUGGCCCAAUUUCGAAACGGUUCCCGUAGCAAAGCUUGCCCAUGCUCAAAGGCAACUCAUUUCAUUGUCCAUGAGCUGCGCUUUGAAAUGUUACGGUUUUUGCAUAGCUUCAUUGUCACCAAUUGAUCUUCUCGUUGAAAGCUGAGCUUCAUCGCUAUCAUCUCUUAUCUCGCUUCUCAGUCUCUUAUCGCUAUAGUACCCCCCGCCAGCAAGCCAUCACGUAUGGUGGGGUCAAGAUGCCGCCUCGAUCAUCUUUGACGUCGUCUUUCUCUAUUACAGACUCCAACAAUGAGGUAGUCUGCCCUCUUCGCAACCAGGAUGGCUCCAGCUGUCGCAAGAGAUGCAUUGGUGUAAGUCCUUGGGUCUUGUCUUCGUUAGCUGUUCUGCCCUGUCUUGCCCUGCAGCCGGGCUUGAAUUGCCAUUGCUGCACCCACCCAUCUUACAUCGUCAUGUCUUACCACCUGCCGCACUUGUUCCCAACUGAGGAAGCACGUUCCCGUAACACCAUGCAACGGUACCCAUUCGAUUCUAAAUGUCCAAUUGCAGGAAAAAAGAUAUCGUUCCAUGCAGGAGCAUAUCCGCCGCGCACACCCCGAGCACUACAUCUCGAAGCUUCCAGCUACAGAAGAGAGCUUCCUGUUAAUGAUUAACACUCCACCAUCGGAGCGACGCCCUUUAGAUCAGACCUCAGCUCCAAAUGCUCAGGGCUUUCACGAGCGACACAACUAUCAUCGCGACGAGUCGAGUAAUCCGGGCACUCCGCGCCUUCUAGAUGAUUUCAGUAAUGGCGGGCCGGUUUCAGGCCCAAUGCUUGGCACGGCCAGUGCCGCUGCUGCCCUAGCCGAACUUCAUGGCGUCAAGAGUGAACGCGACAUGGACUUGGACGGUGUGAGUGAAGUGCCCUUAAAAGAAUUCAAAUCAUCGCCAUCCAGGGCUAAUGAUGCGUAGGAAUACUAUUCAGACAUGGAUGUUCGACGUAGGCCACGGACUUCCAUCGAGCUGCCGCCUCUCAAUCUUUCCAAUCAUGAUAUUACUAGCGACCCUUAUUCAUCUGCCAAAUCUAAUAGACAGCGCGACUUUCUCCCUUCCAUUCUUGCAAACUCACCACCUGGAAGAUCCUCAACACUCCCACCUCUUCAGCGUUCUGUGGGACCUAAUCGGCCUCGCAAGCAGUCUGUUACAAAGCGAGGGCGAGAGCCUCACCACAAAAAGAAGAACUCUAAAGGUUCUGCAACUGACUGGCUACGCCGAAUUCAAAACGAAGAACGAUAUAGACCAGGUAAUGAUCGGAAGGCUUUGUCAGCAGAACCAUCCGCAGACUUCGGGAAGCGGUGGGAAGAUCUUAUCGAUGCAGCUGAUCAAGCCGCUUCUGCUGCUGGUGAUAUAGACGAAGACCGUACUCCUGUCCCUCAGUCGCCUGUUUCAAUGCAUAGAUCAUCGUUACCGCCCUUUUCCCACCAGCCUCAAUUUCAGCCGGCCAGUUACCAGGCCUCGCCUCUCCAGCAGGCUCUCACGCCUCCAUCAUAUGGUCAGGAUGCUGUAGAGCCAUUUCCGUCCGUGGAGAGUGGUGAAAGCGGCGACAACUUUCAUAUGGGAACCCGGGGGCUUUCUGAUUCGUCACCAAGAUAUUCGGCCCAGAAUAUUCAGAUAUACUGCGCUGCCUGUCAAGGAUUCUCUCUACUCAAGGAUUCGUAUGCAUGUACCGAAUGUAUCUGUGGCCUGUGCCCAACUUGUGUGGAGGUUCUCAUGACAGAGCAUGGAGCAAGAAGGAAGUGUCCCCGCUGUGCUACAAUUGGCGGGCGGUUCAAGCCUUUCCAGCUCGACAUUAGAUAAAGGGUUUUCCGAAACUCACAUUCCAUUACGUUGGUCAAGAUUUCACGCAUGGGUUUCUCUGACGGUUAACAUUAUACAUUGGGUUUGGCGUUCUGGCAUAUGACGGAAGUCAAAUGAUCUUGCACAUGAGCAAGACGGAAGGCGAAUUACGACACGGGAUCGAUACCCAUUGUGCCAAGCGACUCAAUGUUCAUUCAUUUCAAUGUUGGGCCUUUCCCUGCACACUUGGGAAAAUUGCUAUAUACGGGACUUGGGUAAAGGAGUUUUUGCUAAGUGCUUUUUCUUGUUUUAUUGGCCGUCUUCUUGCGACUAUACAGAAUUGGACGUCGGAGCUUAUCAUUAAGGAUUUCUUUUUAGGACUAUUUUCUUCACAUGGUCAGAUCGUUGGAUCAAAAUGCCCCCACCACUGUCAAUCGUUACAGGCUAAGUAGUCAAUAUGAAUAUGAACGCAAGUGUUCAACGGAAUUGUUAUGGUUACACUUACAAGAUUAAGGUGCCGGUUAUAAAUGAUUAUCUUUGUGCUCAUAAGAAGGCGAUGCGUCCCAUGUGUAUGAAUCCUUAAACCGGUACAAAAGAACUACAAAACCAGAACCGUCCAACGCCACAGAUGAAUAGAGACCAUACGUAUCUCAACAUUCCAUACUACUUCUUUCCUUCCUUG